AUGAAUGGAGGGGGAGUAGCUGAUUUUCGCUAUAAAUGCAAAAAGAUGUGGCGUAAAGCUGAAUUCAUAAUAUUUGGCGUAGCUGUCAUGCUAACUCUGCUACAUCUGACUCUGAGUUUGACUGCAACGACAACAAACUGCUGUAGUGACAUUGAGAGCUUGAAAUCUGAAAUUCUGGGCCAAUGCGAAAGCAUUUGUGUUGGCAAAAAGGGACCAAGAGGACCAAGGGGACCAAGGGGAUUUAAAGGAAGAACUGGGCCUAUCGGGCCACCGGGACCUCCAGGAGUACCCGGACCUGCUGGACCUACAGGGAAUACAGGACCUACAGGAAGACCUGGACCUGUCGGACCCACAGGACCAACAGGCAGUGCAUGUUCUACACAAUGCCCCUCUAGGUUUAGCCGGAACCAAAACUCCUGUUAUUUAUUCGUAUAUACACCUGGUGGAGCAGCCACGUGGUUUGAAGCAAAGACACUUUGUUUAAGCUUUGGAGCCCAUCUUGUUGCCAUAGAAACAGAAGCUGAACAAAUUUACAUCGUAGGAAAGAUUCAUUCUGAUGGCAAAGGUGGAUUGUCGUUUUGGACAGGUGGUCAUGAUAUGGCAGGUAGAUGGCUGUGGGCUGGAGGACCAUGUUUUGACACAGAAGAGAUCGAUGUGUAUUCAAACUGGAAUCCCAACCAGCCUGAUAAUGGAAGUGGUACUGAGGAUUGCUUGGAAAUUCAUGCUGGGAUAUCUUUCCGGUGGAAUGAUGACCAGUGUUUUCAUAAAAAGCAAUUCAUUUGUGAGAUAAAUCUGCCAUGAGAAAACAUUUUCUGCAUCAUAGCUAGCUUUGCCCCGAACUUAAAUUUAAAUACUUCAACUAUCAUCGUGAGAGCUGA